AUGCCAACAUCAAUGGAACAUGAUCGUCAAAUAACGAUGAAACAAAAGUCAGCUGUACCAAGUUACGGUCCUGGAAAUUCUUUAUAUUCCACAACAGAAUCGUUAACUGCGCAAGAUAUUGAAAAUUAUUUUCGUAUUGUUCCAACUCGACCGAAUUCUUCCAUAAAUUCGAUUGAUAACUCAAUAUCAAGUAAAAAUGAAUGUAAAACAGUUCAAUAUCUGCGUCCAACAUCGUUUGAACAACAACAAAAAGAAGUACAACGAUUAAAUAAAAAUAAAAUUGAUAUUAUACCAUAUGCAACAUUUCAUGAGAAAAAACAAUUAUUACCAAUUGAUCAAACAGCCUAUGCUCGAGAUUUUCAACAAAGAUUUGAUAACGAAUUUUUACAACGUUGGAAUAAAGGUAUUAUGGGUGAUACUGAUGAUCAAACAACAAUAAGUAGCUCGACAAGUCAACGAUAUGGAAGUACAACAAUCGGUUCGUCAAUAAAUAAUCGUUUAUCUCGAUUAAAUAUUGAUCGAGAUCAAGAUAGAGAACAUAUGUCAGAUAUUGAAGGACAAACAGAUCCCGACGGUGUACCAAGUGAAGUUGAUAAAGAAGAAAUCCGACAAAUAUUUGGUAUUUCACAUGCAUUAGAAACAUUUGAUGAUUAUAAAGAAAUAAGACAAUGGAUUAAUCAAGAUACAACAUUACCUGUUUACGCACAAAAAGAUAAAAUAUUAUCAAUAAUUGAAAUGAAUUCAAUAACAAUUAUUCAAGGAAAUACAGGAUCAGGAAAAUCAACUCAAAUUCCUCAAUAUAUCUUAGAUGAUUACGUCAAACGUUCAAAACCAGUUAAUAUAGUUGUAACACAACCUCGACGUAUUGCUGCUCGUUCACUUUGUGAGCAUAUAUCACAUUCACGUAAUUGGCCUGUGGGACAAACAAUCGGUUAUCAAACAAGUUUAAAUCGGCAACGUUGUGAAUUAACAAGAAUUUUAUAUUGUACAACUGGUGUUCUUCUACAAAGAUUAAUUUUAACAAAAACUUUACAAGAUUUUACACAUAUUAUUCUUGAUGAAGUUCAUGAACGUGAUCAAUCAAUGGAUUUUCUAUUGAUAUUAAUUCGAACUUUAUGGCUUAGAAAUUCUCAAAAUGUUAAAAUAAUUUUAAUGUCAGCAACAAUUGAAAUAGACAAAUUAGCUCAUUAUUUUCGUCAAGUUAUUAAUGGAGAAAUUGUUCCAGCUUAUCAAUUCCAAAUAGGUGAUCGACUGUUUGAUGUUCAAGAAAUGUAUUUAGAACAUAUUCAAAAUUAUGGUCUUUUGCCUGAUUUAAAAUUAGGCGAAGCACGUUUAUCUCGUGAAGCAAUUGAUCUUGCCGUUAAAUUAAUUAAAAGUUUUGACGAUGAGGAUAGUAUGGCUGGAUGGGAUCAUACGAAAAAUCUACCUAUUAAACGUGCUACUGUACUUGUUUUUCUUCCCGGCCUACUUGAAAUUCAAACGGUUCAUGAAGCUCUUCGUUUUCCACGUGGAAAACCAGAUUUAACAAAAUUUAGUUUAGAUGAUUUUGAUGAAUGUCAAAAGUUUAAUUAUGAUAUAAUCCCAUUACAUUCUGAUCUAUCAAUGGAUGAUCAAAUGAAUAUUUUUUCACCAGCAAAAAGUACUUAUAGAAAGAUUAUUUUGGCGACAAAUAUAGCUGAAAGUUCAAUCACAAUUCCUGAUGUUCGAUAUGUGAUUGAUUUCUGUUUAAGUAAAGAAAUGGUUUGUGAUCCCGAAACAAAUUAUUCGUGUUUGCAACUUGUGUGGGCAUCAAAAGCUAAUUGUGAUCAACGACGAGGUCGAGCUGGUCGUGUUGCACAUGGAAAAUGUUAUCGUCUUGUUAAAUUACAUUUAUAUAAUUCUCUUUCAGCUUAUCAGAAGCCCGCACUUCUGCAAGAGUCACUUGAUCGUGUUAUUCUUCAAGCAAAAAAAUUAAAUAUUGGCGAACCAAAAUCUAUAUUGGCGCUUGCAUUAGAACCACCAAAUAUAAAUGAUAUCGAAGUGACCAUUCUUAAACUAAAAGAAGUUGGUGCAUUGACAAUUCAUAUGGGUCAAGAGGAAAUUCGUCCAUUUGAUGGAGAUUUAACAUUUCUUGGAAAAAUCAUGGCAGAAUUACCUAUUGACAUUGAAUUAUCACGCUUGAUUGCAUUAGGACAUGCGUUUGGUUUAGUUUAUGAAACUGUUAUUAUAGCUGCAUGCUUAUCAACAAAAAGUAUUUUUAAAAUUUAUUAUAAAGAUCGUUUAGCUGCUUAUAAAAGUAAAUUUAACUUUGCUGCUGGAACAUUUUGUGACUGCCAAGCAUUUUUAAAUGUUUAUAAAACAUGGUUUUAUCAUGAAAAUAACCAACAAUUUCGAACAGCUGAUGCUGAACGUCGUUGGGCACAUUUGCAUAAUGUUGAUAUAAAACGUUUACGUGAAGUGCAUUUACUUAUUGAUGAGUUAAGAAAUCGUUUACGUCAAUUACAUAUAUUCGUACCACGUGAUGUUGAAUCAGAUCAAAUGCAACGACGAAGAAAUCCAAUUAUUCAACAACAAAGUUUAUUAAACCUCAAAAUUAUAAUUGCCGGUGCUUUUUAUCCAAAUUAUUAUAUUCGAGAACCAAUCGAAUCUGAAGCUGUCGAUAGAGAAUUAUCAUCAAAAGAUCCAUUCAGAACGAUUAUGUUGCGAAAUAUUCCAUUGAAUGAAGGCAUUUUAUAUCGAAGUCAAAUAGAACAACAACUUAAAUCAUUAGUUGAUAUGGAAGAUAUGAAAAUAACAUUUGAAAAUACAAAAGCACUUGUUGAAUUUGCUCCACAACAUUCAACACGUCAUAUAGUAAAUCCAUCCGAAUUACCUGUUGAUCAAAUAGUUACAUCAGCUACAUCACAUACGAAUAUUUUACCAGCUGUUUAUUUUGCUGUUAAAGCUCGAAUGACCAAUCACAAAAUAAUUUUACAGACAUUUGAACGAUCGGCAGCUCUACAACGUGUUGAACGCCUUCGUUUAUAUAUGUCGCGUGGAGAAAUACAAAAUGAUAUGUUGCAUCAUGAAAGAGAUUUAUUUGAAGAACAUCAUGAUGCUUUGCUGCGUUUAGCUCAACGACAAACAACAAUUUAUUCAUUACCACAACAAAAAUUACCUGAUAUAAAAUGUCAAUAUUUAACGAUAAAUAUUUCGACUGUUGUUGAUGUCAAUCAUUUUUGGGCACAAUAUGUUGAUCGUGAAACAAAUGCACAAAUGAAAAAAAUAAAUGAUUUACUUUCACGUACAUUACUAGCAUUAACAUCGACAUCAAUUGAAAUCGGCAUGAUGUGUGCUGCACCAUUUGUUCUCUUAUCACCACAAGUAACAACACCAACACCGAAUCAUAGUAAUAGUAACAAUUGUCAACUUGUGAAACGAUAUCAAUAUUAUCGAGCAAGAGUAACACAUAGAAUUGAUAAUGUCACUGUUGAAGUUUUUUUUGUUGAUUGGGGAAAUACUGAACAAAUCCCAAUAGAUCAAUUACGUGCACUUGAGCCAUCUCUUUUGAAAAUUGCUCCACUUGCAUUUGAAUGUCAAUUAUGGUCAAUUAGACCAAACAUAGCUCGUUAUCCAUUAAAUAAUUGGCCAAUUCCAGCACUUAAUUAUGUUUGUUCACUAAUUCUUGAACGACAAGUUGAAGCAGAAAUCAAAGCAGUUGCUCGAAACAUUGUUAAAUGUGAUAUCCUAUUAGACAUGCAAAUAAAUCGAAAUCAUGCGAAUCAUCAACAAAAUCAUCAAAGAUACAGUGAAGAAGGACGAACUACUCUUCGACAAACUUUAAUUAAUAAAGGCUUUGCUGAAGCAGCAAAUGAAGAACAUACUUUCCAAGUAAGUUUUAUACUUAUUAAAAUAUCUGUUUGGCCAUGCAGCAGGCCAACCUAGAUGAAAAUAUUAAAUUUUAAAAAUCACUACCUGUGUCUUUUUCUAUCUGAUAGCAAUGCCCCUUUUUUAGUUUUUUCUUUUAUGGGAAACAAGUAUUUCUGUUGGUAUUCGUUAAUUAUUGAGAAGGUCUACCAGUAAAUGAGGAAAUUCUGAAUAAUAGUUUUCUUCAUUUUUGUUACCUUAAUGAUACUAACAUCUCGUAUCAACAACUAGUAUAUUUGAGAAUUUUUUCGUUCAACCCCUCCCCCCCUCCCUCAAAUGUUGACUUAAAGCUACUGUCGACCAAUUUUUUUUUUACUUUUAUAUAGAGUACAUUCAUAGCAAAAGUAGCAACAAAUUAAUCGUCCUAAGCGCUCUAAUUAUUGAGAAAAAUUAAAAAUAUAGUAAAGAAAAAGGAAUCAUCGUGUGACGCUUGAACACGUCGAUAUAUUUAACUUCAACAAUACGUUUUCAUGUUUAUGUAUGUAGUUUAUGAUUGAAUAAAAAUUCUGUAUGAAUUUUUCUUUUCAUACAGUAUUGUAAUACAAUAUUAUACAAAUUUUAUUAGUUUUAUUGCUAGAAGAACCAAAAUGUGUAUUAAAACAAUAAAUCAAUAAACACAGUAAAUUUGUUUUUGAAGAGUAUAACAAUCUUGAGAAAAAAAGAAUCUAUCACACUUCACUUACAACUUAUAUAUAUGUGCUUAUUAUAAAGAGUUUUUCCACGUUUUGUUAAAAUAUUUGUUCUAGUUUGCACAAGGUUGAGCAAAAUAUAGUAUAAAUAAAAAUUCAUUUUAAAGUUAUAAAAAAAAAGCUUUCUUCAAAAUGACAACUAACGAGGGAACCUCUCCAAGUGAUACCAACCAUUCGGGUUCAUAUUGUGCUCAUAAGUAGGAUCCAGCG